AAUACACAAGACAAAAUACCACAUAUACAACAAAAGAGUACUCAUAAAAGAAGAAUAUACAACUACAACAGAAUGACCAAGGAAAAAUGGGAGCAAUUCAAUAAGGAGGUAGAACAACUAAUCAAUAAUACAACAACUUCAAA